AGUUCGAGGUUUCGAACCAACAGAAAACACCAAAAACCAGAUUUAAAAACAUGGGAAAUUGGAAACUAUCCCGCUCUGUUUCCUCUUUUUCAACGGACCCUGAAAAGAUACGGUUUUGCUCGAUUCGAUUCGUUUGUCUGCAGGAAUUCAUUAAAUACCCGUUGUUUCGUGUUUUCGAGAUGUGACCAACAAUGUCUUUAGCUUCGAGUUCUCCUCUUCAGGCUCGAACAAACUCGGCUCUGUUCCCAUCAGUUACAAAGCCUUUUGUCAAUAGCCAGCUGCGGUUGAGCCGGAUUGGUGCGGCCAUAAGGCUUAAUGGCUGGGAGAAGAGAUUCUGCGGAGGAGCGCGGUUGCCAUCGCUUGGGGGCGAAAGGAGAGUACUGCAUCUGUGGCAGUCGGAGGGGCCCUGCCGUGGUCCGAAGCCCAGAGUGGUGGUGCGAUCGGCACUGUCUCUGGUUCCUGAGAAGCCCCUGGGUCUAUAUGAUCCGUCGUUCGAUAAGGACUCGUGUGGGGUCGGAUUCGUGGCUGAAUUAUCCGGCCAAAUGAGCCGAAAAACGGUGACGGAUGGGUUGGAGAUGAUGGUGCGUAUGUCCCACAGGGGAGCUUGUGGGUGCGAGGUUAAUACUGGUGAUGGAGCUGGUAUUCUCGUUGGUCUUCCUCAUGAGUUCUAUAACGAGGUCGCUAAGGAUGCGGGGUUUGAGCUACCACCGCCAGGGGAAUACGCUGUGGGCAUGUUCUUCUUGCCUACCUGUGAAGAUCGAAGGGAGCAAAGCAAAAUCGAGUUUACAAAGGUUGCAAAAUCACACGGGCACACGGUUCUUGGUUGGCGCUCUGUGCCGACAGAUAACUCAGGAUUGGGUAAGUCUGCAAAAGAGACUGAACCUGUUAUUGAGCAAGUGUUUCUUACGCCCACUACUAGGUCAAAAGCCGAUUUUGAGCAACAGUUAUGGAUAUUGAGGAAGCUUUCGAUGGCAGCAAUUAAAGCUGCAUUAAACCUUCGACAAGGUGGAGUAAGGGACUUCUAUAUAAGCUCUCUUUCCUCAAGGACUGUUGUCUAUAAAGGUCAACUGAAGCCCGAUCAGUUGAAGGAAUAUUACUAUGCAGAUCUUGGAGAUGAAAGGUUUACGAGCUACAUGGCCAUGAUACACUCAAGAUUCUCAACUAACACAUUUCCUAGCUGGGAUCGCGCUCAACCUAUGCGUCUAUUAGGUCAUAAUGGGGAAAUCAACACACUUCGUGGCAACGUAAACUGGAUGAAGGCACGUGAAGGCCUUCUGAAAUGCAAGGAGCUUGGCUUGUCAAAUGAUGAGAUGAAACAGCUUCUACCCAUUGUAGACGCCAGCUCAUCUGACUCAGGGGUUUUUGACAAUGUUCUUGAGCUUUUGGUUCGAGCUGGUAGAAGUCUCCCUCAAGCGAUGAUGAUGAUGAUACCUGAAGCCUGGCAAGAAGAUAAGAAUAUGGAUCCUGAUCGGAGAGCAUUGUAUGAGUACUUUUCAGCCCUCAUGGAACCAUGGGAUGGGCCUGCUUUGAUGUCAUUUUCUGACGGCCGUUAUCUUGGAGCUAUACUGGAUCGAAAUGGAUUGCGUCCAGGUCGAUUUUAUAUCACAUACAGUGGACGAGUUAUAAUGGCAAGUGAAGUUGGAGUAAUUGAAAUUCCAGCUGAAGAUGUACGUGUGAAAGGAAGACUUAGCCCUGGUAUGAUGCUUCUGGUGGAUUUUGAUAAGCAUGUUGUUGUUGAUGAUGGAGCAUUGAAGCAACAGUAUGCGCUUGCAAAACCUUACGGAGAGUGGAUUAAAAGGCAAAAGAUAGUGCUGAGUGACAUAGUAGAAUCUGUUAGCGAAUCUGAGAGGGUUCCUCCGGCUAUAGCAGGAGUUGUGCCUGCAUCGAAUGAUGAUGACAACAUGGAAAAUAUAGGCAUUCAGGGUUUAUUGGGUCCAUUAAAGGCUUUUGGUUACACUCUUGAAUCCUUGGAGAUGUUGCUACUACCAAUGGUAAAGGAUGGUGUUGAGGCCCUGGGUUCCAUGGGAAACGAUACACCUUUGGCUGUGAUGUCCAACCGGGAGAAACUCACCUUCGAAUACUUCAAGCAGAUGUUUGCUCAAGUUACAAACCCUCCUAUUGAUCCCAUCAAGGAAAAGAUAGUCACCUCCAGGGAGUGCAUGAUUGGUCCAGAAGGUGAUCUCACUGAGACUUGUGAAGAACAAUGCCACCGCCUCUCGCUAAAAGGUCCUUUUUUAUCCAUUAAACAAAUGGAAGCAAUAAAAAAGAUGGAUUACAGAGGAUGGCGUAGCAAAGUUAUUGACAUAACAUACUCUAAGAAGCGUGGUAGGAAAGGUUUGGAGAAGACCUUGGAUAGGAUCUGUUUAGAAGCUCAUGAUGCAAUUAAGGAGGGCUACAAAAUAGUGGUGCUUUCCGACAGAGCCUUUUCAUCCAAUCGUGUUGCUGUAAGCUCCCUUCUGGCUGUGGCUGCUGUCCAUCAUCAUCUAGUCAAAAAGCUUGAACGAACUCAAAUUGGCUUAGUUGUCGAGUCUGCUGAGCCCCGUGAAGUGCACCACUUUUGUACAUUAGUUGGAUUUGGUGCAGAUGCAAUAUGCCCUUAUUUGGCGAUAGAGGCCAUUUGGAGACUGCAUGUUGACAGAAAAAUUCCGCCUAAAGCAAAUGGUGAGUUCCACUCAAAGGAAGAGCUGGUCAACAAGUAUUUCAAAGCAAGCAACGAUGGUAUGAUGAAGGUUCUUGCCAAGAUGGGGAUAUCUACUUUGGCCUCAUACAAGGGUGCUCAGAUAUUUGAGGCACUGGGCCUCUCAUCAGAAGUAAUGGAGAGGUGUUUUGCAGGAACUCCAAGCAGAGUUGAGGGGGCAACAUUUGAAGUGUUAGCCCUUGACGCGCUUCAGUUGCAUGACCUGGCCUUUCCUAAAAGGGUAUUCCCUCCUGGUAGUGCAGAGGCUGUAUCAUUGCCCAAUCCCGGGGAUUAUCACUGGAGGAAUGAUGGUGAGGCACACCUGAAUGACCCCUUUGCUAUAGCUAAGCUGCAAGAGGCUGCAAAAGUAAAUAAUGUGGAGGCCUAUAAAGAAUACUCUAAGCGCAUACAAGAGCUAAACAAAACUUGUAAUUUGCGGGGCCUAUUAAAAUUUAAAGAAGCAGAGGUGAAGGUUCUUUUAGAUGAAGUGGAACCAGCCAGUGAGAUUGUGAAACGGUUUUGUUCUGGAGCUAUGAGUUAUGGAUCGAUAUCAUUGGAGGCACACACCACCCUUGCGAUGGCUAUGAAUAAGAUUGGAGGGAAGUCAAAUACGGGUGAGGGAGGUGAGAUCCCCUCUCGUAUGGAGCCUCUUCCAGAUGGUUCAAUAAACCCGAAAAAGAGUGCAAUCAUGCAGAUUGCCAGUGGAAGAUUUGGCGUUACAAGUUAUUACCUCGCGAAUGCUGUUGAGAUACAAAUAAAAAUGGCUCAGGGGGCUAAGCCUGGUGAAGGUGGUGAACUUCCCGGCUACAAAGUUGUUGGACCUAUUGCUCUCACUAGGAAUUCAACUGAUGGCGUGGGACUCAUCAGCCCACCUCCCCAUCAUGAUAUUUAUUCAAUUGAAGACCUCGCUCAAUUGAUUUACGAUCUUAAGAAUGCCAAUCCAAGGGCUCGAAUCAGCGUGAAGUUGGUAUCUGAAGCUGGUGUGGGAGUAAUUGCAAGUGGAGUUGUGAAGGGGCAUGCCGAUCAUGUCUUGAUCUCAGGUCACGAUGGAGGCACAGGUGCUGCCCGAUGGACUGGGAUAAAAAAUGCUGGUCUCCCAUGGGAACUUGGUCUUGCCGAAACCCACCAAACCCUAGUUGCUAAUGACCUACGUGGCCGAACAGUACUCCAGGUAGAUGGCCAACUUAAAACUGGAAGGGAUGUGGCCAUUGCUGCACUUCUUGGUUCAGAGGAGUUUGGUUUCAGUACAGCUCCCCUCAUUACCCUUGGUUGUAUCAUGAUGCGGAAGUGCCAUAAAAACACUUGUCCCGUUGGAAUUGCUACCCAAGAUCCAGUACUGAGAGAGAAGUUUGCCGGAGAACCCGAGCACGUGAUUAACUUUUUCUUCAUGCUAGCAAAUGAGGUGAGAGAAAUCAUGUCUCAGCUUGGGUUUCGAACCAUCAACGAAAUGGUUGGUCGUUCGGAUAUGCUUGAAAUGGACAAGGAAGUGGCAAAGGGAAAUGAGAAGCUAAAGAAUAUCGAUCUCUCACUAUUACUUAGACCUGCUGCUGACAUCCGCCCAGGAGCCGCCCAGUAUUGUGUACAGAAACAAGAUCAUGGUUUGGACAUGGCUUUGGACAACAAGCUCAUAUAUCUAUCCAAAGCUGCUUUGGAAAAAGGUUUACCCGUGUACAUUGAAACACCAAUUUGCAACGUGAAUCGGGCAGUUGGAACAAUGCUUAGCUAUGAGGUGACAAAGCGCUAUCAUCUGAAGGGGCUUCCUGCUGAUAGGAUCCAUAUCAAACUAUAUGGGAGUGCGGGCCAGAGCCUUGGAGCUUUUCUCUGCCCUGGUAUUACUUUAGAGCUUGAGGGUGAUAGCAAUGACUAUGUUGGUAAAGGUCUAUCAGGUGGCAAGAUUAUUGUUUAUCCUCCAAAAGGAAGCAAAUUUGAUCCCAAGGAAAACAUUGUGAUUGGUAAUGUUGCUCUUUAUGGCGCAACAAGCGGGCAGGCGUAUUUUAACGGAAUGGCGGCAGAAAGAUUUUGUGUACGUAAUUCUGGGGUUAGAGCAGUUGUAGAAGGUGUUGGUGAUCACGGUUGUGAGUACAUGACUGGUGGGACCGUUGUUGUGCUUGGGAAAACAGGGAGGAACUUUGCUGCAGGCAUGAGCGGUGGUGUUGCCUAUGUUCUUGAUACGGAUGCCAAGUUCCCAUUGCAAUGCAACCUUGAGCUGGUAGAUCUUGAUAAAGUUGAGGAAGGUGAGGAUAUUAUGACACUAAGAAUGAUGAUACAGCAGCAUCAACGUCACACAAAAAGCCAACUAGCCAGAGAAGUGCUUGCUGAUUUUGACAAUCUCUUACCUAAAUUUAUCAAGGUAUUCCCUAGAUAUUAUAAGCGGGUUCUUGCAAGCAUGAAGGAAAAGGUAAUUGCCAAAGAGGUUGAUGUCGCGAAUGCUAAACAAGCUAACGAACAAGAAGAGGCAGAAUUGAAGGAGAAAGAUGCGCUUAAGAAGUUGGCAGCAAAACUUAAUGAGAAAGAUGCUUUUGGAGAGCAUAAGAAGCUGGGAGCUUUGUCAUCUAAUGGGACAGGCAGUCAGAAAGUUGAAGAGGUUGAACCAGUGAAAAGGCCAACUUCCUGAAGCUCCACAGAAAUAGCAGGGAAGUAGGGAUGAGGAGAAACAAAGAAGAAAAAAACAAGAAAUCACUUAUCACCUUGUCACGCUUUGCUUCCAUCUCCUUAUACGUCAAAGACUGUUUCUUUUCAACAUUCUCUUUCGUUCGCACAAGUGUCUGCACAAGGUCACAGAAUACAUCAUCAAAUUGCAAUCACCAAAAAGUUUACCCUCUUUAAUAUACUUGCAACUUGCAAGGAUGUCUUAGAACACAUUGAUAUUUGAUUGUAAGCUAAAACAUAAAGAGAAGGUGACCCAACUUGACGAGUACUUUUGUUUCUAACUUGUUUAGUUGUGCUUUCCUUGCAUGUUGCAACACAUGGUGAAUUCAUAAUUAAUCAAAGCCUACCUCAUGCAACA